UGAUUGAUUCACAAUACACACACACACAAACUGACUUAUGAUGGGUAAAAAUUAUAUUGAUGAUGAUAUUGUUAUAUCCGGUAUAUCCGGUCGUUUUCCUGAAUCGGAUAAUAUUGAUGAACUUAAAGAAAAUCUUUAUAAUCAUGUCGAUAUGGUUACCGAAGAUGAUCGUCGUUGGCCUGUUGGAUUUUAUGGUCUACCUGGUCGAAAUGGAAAACUUAAAGAUUUAAGUAAAUUAGAUGCUCAAUUUUUUGGUAUUCAUGGUAAACAGGCACGUAAUAUGGAUCCACAAGCAAGAAUAUUAUUGGAAUUAACAUAUGAAGCAAUUGUUGAUGCUGGUGUUAAUCCACAAACAUUACGUGGAACACGUACCGGUGUUUUUAUUGGUUCAUCAACAUCCGAAGUUGAAGAAGCACUUGUUGAAGAUAUUGAACGUGCAAACGGUUAUGCACUUACCGGUUGUUCACGAUCAAUGUUUUCGAAUCGUAUUUCAUUUACAUUCGAUUUUCAAGGACCUAGCUAUACUAUGGAUACGGCUUGUUCAUCCAGUUUUAUGGCAUUACAACAGGCUAUAUUGGCUUUAAAAACAAAUGAAUGUGAUCAAGCAAUUGUUGGUGGUACUAAUCUUUGUAUUCGACCAGUAACAUCGGUACAAUUUCAUAAAUUAAAUAUGCUUUCACCUGAAGGUAAAUGUCAACAUCUUGAUAAUUCGGCCAAUGGUUAUGUACGAUCAGAAAGUUGUUCGGCAAUAUUUUUACAACGAAAAAUGGUCGCAAAACGUGUUUAUGCUACGGUUGUACAUGUUCGAACAAAUACCGAUGGUAAUAAACCUGAAGGUAUUACUUAUCCAUCAUGGCAUUCACAAAUGACAUUGAUGCGUGAAACAGUCGAAGAAUCAGGCAUUGAUCCAGCUGAAGUUCGAUAUGUUGAAGCACAUGGAACCGGUACACCUGUUGGUGAUCCAGUCGAAACCAAAGCUAUUGCUCAAGUAUUCUGUCCUGAACAUCGCAAAGAACCAUUAUUGAUUGGAUCAGUUAAAACAAAUCUUGGACAUGCUGAACCAGCAUCAGGACUUAAUUCGUUGGCUAAAGUUUUGCUUACAUUUCAGAAUAAAAUGAUACCAGCAAAUUUACAUUUCAAAUCACCUAAUACGAACAUUCCCGAAUUGAUCGAAGGUCGAAUUAAACCGGUUACAGAAAAUACUCCAUUCGAAGAUGGUAUUGUUGCAGUUAAUUCAUUUGGUUUUGGUGGUGUAAAUAUUCAUGUUCUAUUGAAACCAAAUGUUAAAGAAUUGGAUCCGAUAAAUUCUUCUAUUGUAACCGAAAUUCCAAGAUUAAUUCUCGCAUCAGGCCGUACUGAAGAUAGUGUUAAUCAUAUUUUUGAUUUUAUUGAAAAAAAUCCGGACAAAGUAAAUGCAGAAUUUUUAGCCCUACUUAACGAUGUAGCAAUGACAGAAGAAAAUUCUGGUAUGAAUUCUCGUGGUUUUAUGAUUGCCGAUAAACAUCCGGAUGGUGAAACAACAUUUCCAAAAGAAAUUAACCGAGUUCCGGAAAAACGACCCAUUUGGUUUGUAUAUUCCGGUAUGGGUAGUCAAUGGACAUCGAUGGCACAAGGUCUUAUGGCAAUCGAUAUUUUUCGACAAUCAAUUGAAAAAUCGGCUAAUAUUUUGAAAAAAUUCGAUAUUGAUCUGAUGAAUAUAUUAAUGAGCAAAGAUGAAAAAGUUCUUGACACAAUUGUAGCACCAUUCAUUUCAAUUGCAGCCGUACAAAUUGCAUUGACCGAUUUGCUUCGUGCAUUGAAAAUCGAACCAGACGGUAUUGUUGGUCAUUCAGUUGGUGAACUUGGAUGUGGAUAUGCUGAUGGAACUUUUACUCAUGAACAGAUGCUUCUAUCUGCUUAUUGGCGUGGCCGUUGUGUAGAGAUGGUCAAUUUACCAAAAGGUCUGAUGGCAGCCGUUGGUCUUACCUGGAAUGAGGCAAAAGCUCGAUGUCCAUCAGGAGUAGUGCCUGCAUGUCACAAUUCACAAGAUUCAGUGACCAUUUCCGGUGACUAUGAUACUACCAAAAAAUUUGUUGAACAAUUGAAAAGUGAAAAUAUUUUUGCCCGUGAAGUGAAAAGUUGUAAUAUUGCAUUCCAUUGUCAUUUUAUGGAAAAAAUUGCACCAUCAUUAUUGAAAAAACUUGAAGAAAUUAUACCGGAUCCUAAACUUCGAUCAUCACGUUGGCUUAGUUCAUCUUUUUCGGAAGAUCUUUGGAAUGAAGAAAAAGCCAAAUAUUCAUCGGCAUCAUAUUUUGUACAUAAUCUUCAAUCACCGGUUUUGUUUCAUGAAGUUGUGCAGAAAAUACCAAACAAUGCUAUUGUUAUUGAAAUUGCUCCACAUUCAUUGUUGCAACCAAUUAUCAAACGAACAUUAGGUCCUGAAAUUGCUUAUCUUGGACUAAUGAAACGUAACAAUAAUGAUCAACAACAAUCACUAUUUCUAAAUGCAUUGGGUAAACUAUAUAAUCUAGGAUUUAAUCCAAAUAUUUCCGUAUUGUAUCCAAAAAUUGAAUAUCCAGUAUCAAGAAAUAUUCAAUCAAUAAGUUCUUUAAUCAAAUGGGAUCAUUCACAAUCAUGGCUUGUAUUAUUGUAUCCGGAUUAUUUUAAUCCAAGUAAUAAAUCUGAUCAUUCGGUUAAAAUAGAUUUGAAAGAAAAUUCUGAAAAAUUCUAUGCUGAUCAUUGUAUUGAUGGACGAAUAUUGUUUCCAGCAACUGGUUAUCUUUAUAUUGCCUGGCAAAUGUUAGCCAAACUUAAGGGACAAGUUUGUGAACAAACACCAGUUGUAUUCGAAAAUGUAUCAUUACAUCGUGCAACUAUUUUGCAUGAAGAAACACCAGUUAAAUUUGAAAUACAUCUUAUGGAAAGUAAUGGUGAAUUUACAAUUUGUGAAAAUAAUAUGAUUGUUGUUUCAGGCAAAAUUCAACUUCCCGAAGGAAGUCCUGUAAAAUUACAGGAAAUAUUAGAUGAAAAACCAAAAGUUCAAACAAUUCGAUUGGCGGGCAAAGAAGUGUAUAAAGAACUUCGAUUACGUGGCUAUGAUUAUGGACAUAAUUUUCAAGGAAUUAUUGAUGCUGAUUCUAAUGAAGGUCGACUUAAAUUUUCCAAUUGGGUUGUAUUGGCUGACAAUAUGUUACAGCUAGGAAUAUUGAGCAAAAAUAAUCGUGGCUUAUAUCUACCGGUUCGAUUUCAAUCCGUUCGAUGUGAUCCAAAAAUACUUUAUGAAGCUGUGGAAAAAUCUGAUGGUGUAUUAUCGGUAAUUCAUGAUCAUCGAAUCAAUUCGAUCAUUGCUCCUGGUCUUGAAAUUCAAGGAUUAAAAGUAAAUUUAGCACCUCGACGAAUAAACAGUCAGAUUCCAACGUUGGAAAAAUGUCAUUUUACUGCCUACAAUCAAUCAGGUGUUCUUGAUCAACAAAUUCAUUCGAAAUUGAAUGAAUACAAUAAUGUAUUGGCUUAUGUAACGAAUCAAUUAAUUGAUAAAUUGAAAAUAUCAUCGAUUACAAAAUCAUCAGUAAAAAUUGAUGAAUCAUUACUUAAAAAUUAUUUGGAAUCUUCGGAUAAAUAUCCAAUUUUAUCCACACUUCAACAAUUAUCAAUGGGUCAGAAACUUGAAGAUAUCAUUGAUCAGAUUGAUUUUACAUCUGAUCCAUUAUGGAUGGCUCAUGAAUCCUAUAUCAAUGUACCGAUUCAUGUGAUUAUUGAAAAUCAUAUGACAGCUCGAUUAAAUAUAGCCGAAGUAAAUCCAACAAAACGACCUUUAAUUUCACUUGUUAAAAAAUCGAUCGAAUCAUCUGGUUAUCCAAUCAAUGUUGAUUAUACUAUUCUAACAACUGAUCAUCAAGAUUUGGCUGAAGAAAUCGAACAAGUUACAUGGAAUCCAAAAGAACGUUUAUCAAUCGCAUCAGAUUCGACUGAUUUGAUUAUCUACAAAGAUAGUCAUUUACAAUCAUUAUUCAAUAAUCAAUCAAUCGAUUAUUCAACAAUGAUCGAAUCAAUGUAUCAAUCAAUCAAAGAUGGUGGUUUUCUUAUGGCCAUUUUCCGUUCUAAACCAACACCGGCUGAAAAUUUACUAUUAACAAUGAAAAAACUCAACACCUUAAAUACCGAUCAUAUUGAUCAAUUCAAAUUGAAAGCCGAAAAAUUUGGUUUUGAAUUGAUUUCUGAACGAUCAGAUGAAAUGACAAGCAAUGUAUUGUUAUGGCGAAAAAUCGAUCAUCCAAUUCCGGUAAAUGGACAGGCUAUAAUCAAUGUAUCUGCAUUUGAUUAUGACAAAUGGGUUGAAGAAUUGAAAACUAAAAUGGUUGAAUAUCAAAAACGAAAUAUCGGUGAAAAUAUCUGGCUAAUUGCUAAUGAUAAUCCAUCGAAUGGUGUAGUCGGUCUUGUUAAAUGUCUUCGACAAGAACCUGGCGGUGAUCGUAUUCGUUGCAUUUUAGGUACUGAUAUUAAAGGCUCUGAACUUCCUUCAUUUUCAUCAUUCGAUCAAGCAUUCUAUUCGAAAAUAUUGAAAAAAGAUUUAGUUAUGAAUGUAUAUCGUCAAAAACAAUUUGGAUCAUUUCGACAUUAUGAAUUGGAUGAUGUCACUACAAAAAUGACUACCGAACAUGCCUAUCUAAAUGUUGCUGUUCGCGGUGAUCUAUCCAGCCUUAAUUGGUAUGAAUCUCAACAUAAAUUUUGGCGACAAUUGCCCGAAACAUUACAAAAAUCAAAGGGCGAUCUAUACACCGUAUAUUAUGCACCAUUAAAUUUCCGUGAUGUAAUGUUGGCAACAGGAAAACUACCACCAGAUGCUUUACCUGGUGAUCUUGCCCUACAAGAUUGUAUACUUGGUCUAGAAUUUGCUGGUCGUGAUCAACAAGGUAAACGUGUUAUGGGUAUGGUACCAGCAAAAGGUUUAGCUACAUCAGUGUUAAUACAAGAUCAAGAUUUUGUUUGGCCAAUUCCGGAUAAUUGGACUAUGGAACAAGCAUCAACUGUACCGGUCGUUUAUAGUACUGCUUUUUAUGCAUUGAUUGUACGGGGUGAAUUGGAACCUGGAGAAAUUGUUCUGAUUCAUUCGGGUAGUGGUGGUGUUGGUCAAGCUGCAAUAGCUAUUUGUCUUAGUAUGGGUUGUACAGUUUUUACAACUGUUGGUUCGAACGAAAAACGUGAAUAUUUGAAACAAAGAUUUCCACAAUUAACUGAUCGAAAUAUAGCCAAUUCGAGAGAUACAUCAUUCGAACAGCACAUUCUUCGUCAAACAAAUGGUUACGGUGUAGAUUUGGUUUUGAAUUCAUUGGCCGAAGAAAAACUUGAAGCAAGUGUUCGAUGUGUUGCACAACAUGGCCGUUUCUUGGAGAUUGGUAAAUAUGAUCUUUCACAAAAUAAUCCAUUGGGUAUGGCUGCAUUUUUGAAAAAUAUUGCUUUUCAUGGAAUUCUAUUGGAUGCUUUAAUGGAUCGUGAUAGUCCAUCACCAUUGGUUGAAGCACAUAGAAAAAUGGUAUCGAAAUUAGUUCAUGAUGGAAUAGCUACCGGUGUUGUUCAACCACUGAAAUCAAAUUCAUUUGAAAUGGAUAAAACAGAACAGGCAUUCCGUUUUAUGGCUACUGGUAAACAUAUUGGAAAAGUUGUCAUCAAAAUUCGACAGGAAGAAAAUUCGAAAACAAUUCGUCCGACUGUACAACCAGUAAUGGCUAUUGCUCGUACAGUACUUCAUGAAACAAAAAGUUAUAUCAUUACUGGUGGUCUUGGUGGUUUUGGUUUGGAAUUAGCUCGUUGGCUAAUUGAACGUGGUGCACGAAAGUUAGUACUUGUUUCAAGAAAUGGUGUUCAACAACAAUAUCAACAUUAUUGUCUUGAACAAUUUGAAUUAUCUGGCGUUCGUGUUCAUAUUUCACAAGCAAACAUUCUAACCGUUGAUGGUGUAAAUCAAUUGUUUAAGGAAGCAUCAUCAAUGGCUCCUGUUGGUGGUGUUUUUCAUUUGGCAAUGGUUCUCAGUGAUGGUUUCAUCGAAAAUCAAACUGCCGAAUCAUUUGAAAAAGUUUGUGCGGCUAAAGUUCGUGGUACACAAAAUUUGGAUGUUAUCAGUCGAAAAGUAUGUCCAGAUUUGGAUUAUUUUGUUACCUUUUCAUCGAUCAGUUGUGGUCGUGGUAAUGCUGGUCAAUCUAAUUAUGGUUUUGCUAAUUCAUCAAUGGAACGUGUUUGUGAACUUCGUCGUGCUGCUGGACUUCAUGGUCUUGCUAUUCAAUGGGGUGCAAUCGGUGAUGUAGGUGUUGUUUCCGAACAAAUGGGUGGUAAUAAUGUUGUAAUUGGUGGUACGAUGCCACAACGUAUACCAUCAUGUUUGGCAGUUUUGGAUCGUUUCUUACAAAUGAACGAUGCUGUCUAUUGUUCACAUGUUCGUGCAAAACGUAACAAUGAAAAAUCUGCUUCAUCAUCUGCUGGAAGUGGACAAGAUUUGUUGAAAACGAUUUCAAAUAUUCUUGGCAUUAAACAGAUGGAUAAUCUUGCACCGAAUACAUCGUUAGCCGAAUUAGGUAUGGAUUCAUUAAUGGCUGUUGAAGUGAAACAAUUUCUCGAAAGAAAUUAUGAAGUAAUACUUUCGGUUCAAGAAUUACGAUCAUUAACUGUAAAAAAUCUAAUGGAAAUUGGUGGUCUAAAUCAAGCAACCGAUUCGCAAGCCAAAAAUUCCAAAAAUACAACAUCCUCAACAGCUAUGACAUUAUCGAUACCUGUUUUGAAAUUACCCACGGAAAAAUAUAUAAAAUUAAACAAUAAUGGUAAAGGUCUACCGAUUUUCUUUUUACCACCUAUUGAAGGAAAUUUCGAAUUGCUCAAACAAUUGGCUCAAAAAUGUUCGAAUCCAGUAUUUGGCCUAAAUUGGACUGCUGAACUUCGUAAUUUUCAUUCAAUUGAACAAGCAAGUAAUUAUUUUGUUCGAUUGACAACGGAAAUAGUUGAUGAUGGAUCGACCAUCAAUAUUGUUGGUUAUUCAUUCGGAACAAUCAUUGCAUUCGAUAUGGCGCUCCAAUUGCAAUCAAAUCAAACAAAUGUAUCGUUGAUCUUGUUGGAUGGAUCACCAAUUAAUAUGGGUUCAUUUAUACAUUUAUAUCGUGAACGAAUUUAUAAUGUUAAUAAUGAUGAACAUUCGAAAGAAACAGAAUCAUUGAUUUUCUUUCUUAGUCAACUAACUCGUAUUGAUUUGGAUCAACUACGACAACAGCUAAUAGCUAUGAAAGAUAAACAACAACAAUUACGUAAAGUUGCAGAAAUUCUUGUUGAAAAAGGUUUGAUUCAAUCGGCGGAUAUAUCCGAUACAAUGGUAGCAAUUGAAACUUUUACCUUAAAAUUAAUGAUGUUGGCAGAAUAUAAACCGGAACAAAAAUUCGUUGGCAACAUUACGUUGAUACGCGCUGAAGAAUCACUAGUUAAAAGUGGUGAACAAGAUGAAGAUUAUGGUUGUUCAAAGAUUGUAACGGGUAAAUGUGAAUGUCAUAAAUUACCUGGUAAUCAUCAGACAUUCAUCACCGAUAAUGUGGAUCAAAUUUCCGAAUUAAUUCAACAAAAAUUAAUUUAAAUUUUUUUUUACUUGAUUAUGCAUAAAUUUUAUUAUUUCAAAAUUCAAUAAUUAUUAGACAAAUA